CACAAGCAGGGGUAUCAGAGAAAAAAAGCGGAAGCAGUCAAGCGUUCACCUGGUAACGAUUGUAGCCGAUAAUUUAUCCCGAGGGGCUCCAUUUCCACAUUUCUCUCUGUUUAGCGACAAUGUUGUUCAGUCACUGAAAGGUUCAACACAGACGGAAGAAAUGGAAGAGAUAAAGAGCGAGCCUGUGGAUUUUGUGAAGGAAUUUCAAGAAUACCUGACACAGCAAACCCAGCAUGUCAACAUGAUCUCAGGCUCUGUUUGUGGAGAAAAAGAGUCAGCGGAGCAUUUUCAAGCCGCUGCACCCAGAAGUGAGCAAAAUGGUCUGGACCCUCCGUCUGUGGAGGUGAGCCUGCCACUUGAGGAUGGGGCAGACGUACAGAUGGACGGCCUGGAGAGGACCUGCGAUGGGAAGUACAAGUGCAGCUACUGCAGCUAUGCCAAUAAGGGCAUGGCUCGCUUAAUAGAGCACAUCCGCAUCCACACAGGAGAAAAGCCUCACCGCUGCCAGCUGUGCCCAUUUGCUUCAGCGUACGAGCGCCACUUAGAAGCCCACAUGCGCUCACACACAGGAGAGAAGCCGUACAAGUGUGACCUCUGCGCCUUCCGCUGCAGCGACCGCAGCAACCUGUCACACCACCGUCGCCGCCGCCACAAACUCCUGCCCACUAGGGUCGUUCGCUCUCCUUUCUCCAACAAGAGAAUGCUGAGCGCCUUGCAGAAGAGGACGGGCUCGCUGGGCUUCAGCAGGCGACUACUCAUUAAUUUCAACCCUCCGCCCAUGGUGAUACCAAAGUCGGAUUAUCUGAAUGACUUGUCUCACAAGAUUCACCACCAUUUGAACGGCGGUGAGUAUAAGAAUCUCCCCAAGGUGGAUGAGAAUGACAGUUGCAACAGGGGCGCUAAUGAUCUGACGUUUAAUCACCCACUGGACCAGCUGUCUACACUUGCUGGCCAGUUGGCCGACCUUCACCCUGAGUCUCAGACUGCUGCAUCCCCAGACAGGGAGUCCUUAAAAGACGAGAAGCCCAUCCUCAUACAUCAGGUCUCUAGUGAACAGGUUGCACUGUGUUCAAAUAGAGUGCAGACGUCACCGUCUAAAAAAGAAUCUCCCACCUCGGUCCACGGCACUUGUAGUCCUGUUCCUGGCCUCGGUUUCGCCAACAACAUGAACGCCUUUACUGCGAGUGUUAGCAACAGCCAGCCGAGCACACCUACUCCUGCCCUGACCAUACCGGAUCAACAGCUCUUGCAUAAAUGCCAGCAUUGUGAUAUUCACUUUUCUGACAAUAUCCUCUACACCAUUCACAUGGGUUGUCAUGGCUAUGAACAUCCUUUCCAGUGCAACAUCUGUGGACACAUGUGCAUAGACAAAUACGACUUUGCAUGCCAUUUUGCCCGCGGCCAACAUCAAAAGUGAUUGCUUGUGACAAGGAACCACAUGGAGUCAUAGAUUCUUGUUUUCAGUAUUUUGCUUGUUACACUGAUUUAUAUUUUUGUUAUGUACACAAUCUAUUUUACACUCAAUACCUGCAUUAUAUUUCUGCCUUACAGUUCUACAUUACUCUCAACUUUGAGCCUUAAUAUUAGUUGUGAAUGGACAAAACCACAGACACACCUUGCAGUACAGCGUAAGUUCCAGGAUCUUACAGUUGGUGUUGCUUGUGUUUAGAAUAUCAUUGUGAUUUUGGGGAUUUGCAACAUUUUAUCUCUUUGCAGUGAUUCACCAGGGUUUCACUCAGCUCUCUCAGUAAAAAACUAUUACAUAGGCAGCUACAUAUGAGACAUUUUAAAUCAAAGACCAGUUAGCAGUAUUUAAACUUCACUUCCCCAGCUUUGUAUUCACUGCAGGGCUUUUGUCCACCAUCUGUGUAUCGCUUGUUCAGCUAAUUAUGCACCAAAGUUUCUAUCUCAGUUAAAUAAGCUGGACUUAUGUUGCUGUGAGAAACUAAAGUGGGAUGUUCAGAGACCGACGGCCUGCGUGGCUAAUUUUCUGUCCAAAAUUUAGGUUUGUGUCCAGCCACACUCAUCAUAAUCCUGCUUGCUGUUCUGAUAUUUAUUUAUACCUCACUCCAUAGACUGUAGAAAGUGUCCAACCAAAUGAGUCAGUAAUAUUUUAGAUAGAUUUAAGUAUGUUUUUUUUUUUUUUUUUUAAUUAAUUUAUACCAUUUUCUACAACUAUUUAUAAAUUGUCUUGAGUAGCUUUGUUGUAUCGUAAAUAUCAAUUUUUAGUACAAAAUCAAAUUUCAAUGUAGCCACAUCUUAUUUGUGUAGUAACUGAUGUUGAGGCACUGUAAAGAUCCAGGGUAACCCUGUGAUGAUGUAAUGUGAAAUAAUGUUACUUUUUAUUUUAAGUAGUAGUUUCUGAUUUUGUGGAAAUAAUAAUAAGAGUAUUUGUAAUCUUGGUCUAAAGUAAAGACUUAUUCAGUUG